UGCGUUCUCCCUCCCUCCGACACCAAAGAGGUCUGGCGUUCCGGGGGAUCUCGAGGCGCUGGGGUACCCGGAAGACGUGCCCCUAGAGAAGUCAAACAUGACUAAAAGCAACGGAGAAGAGCCCAAGGCAGGGGGCAGGGUGGAGAGGUUCCAGCAAGGGGUGCGCAAGCGGACGCUCCUGGCCAAGAAGAAGGUGCAGAGCGUCACCAAGGAGGACGUGAGAGGGUGCCUGGUCAGGAACGCCUUCGUGCUGCUCACCGUCUCCGCCGUCAUUGUGGGAACGAUCCUGGGCUUUGCGCUCAGGCCUUACAGAAUGAGCUACCGGGAGGUCAAGUACUUCUCCUUCCCCGGGGAGCUGCUGAUGAGGAUGCUGCAGAUGCUGGUGCUGCCUCUGAUCAUCUCCAGCCUCGUCACAGGAAUGGCCGCCCUGGACAGCAAGGCGUCGGGAAAGAUGGGGAUGCGGGCUGUGGUCUACUACAUGACCACGACCAUCAUUGCCGUGGUGAUUGGCAUCGUGGUCGUCAUCAUCAUCCACCCAGGGAAGGGCACCAAGGAGCACAUGCACAGAGAAGGGAAGAUCGUACAAGUGACCGCAGCAGACGCCUUCCUGGACCUCAUCAGGAACAUGUUCCCUCCGAACCUGGUGGAAGCCUGCUUUAAACAGUUUAAAACCAACUAUGAGAAAAAAAGCUUUACGGUUCCCAUCCAGCCCAACGAAACCGUCCUGGGAGCCGUGAUAAACAAUGUGUCAGAGGCCAUGGAGACCCUGACGCGAGUCAGAGAGGAGCUGGUGCCCAUUGCGGGUUCUGUGAACGGCGUCAACGCCCUGGGACUGGUUGUCUUCUCUAUGUGUUUUGGCUUCGUGAUUGGAAACAUGAAGGAGCAGGGCCAGGCUCUGCGAGACUUCUUUGAUUCUCUUAAUGAGGCCAUCAUGAGGCUGGUAGCAGUGAUAAUGUGGUACGCCCCCCUGGGCAUCCUCUUCCUGAUCGCAGGGAAGAUCGUGGAGAUGGAGGACAUGGGGGUGAUUGGGGGGCAGCUGGCCAUGUACACCGUGACGGUCAUCGUGGGCCUGCUCAUUCAUGGCGUCAUCGUGCUACCGCUCUUCUACUUCCUGGUGACUCGGAAAAACCCCUGGGUCUUCAUCGGGGGGCUGCUCCAAGCCCUGGUCACAGCUCUUGGCACCUCCUCCAGCUCCGCCACGCUGCCCAUCACGUUCAAGUGUCUGGAGGAGAACAACGGUGUGGACAAGCGCGUGACCAGGUUUGUGCUCCCAGUCGGAGCCACCAUCAACAUGGACGGCACAGCCCUCUACGAGGCUCUGGCUGCCAUUUUCAUCGCCCAAGUCAACAAUUUUGACCUGAACUUUGGACAGAUCAUCACAAUCAGCAUCACGGCCACAGCCGCCAGCAUCGGCGCAGCAGGGAUCCCCCAGGCAGGCCUGGUCACCAUGGUCAUUGUGCUGACAUCUGUGGGCCUGCCCACUGACGACAUCACGCUCAUCAUCGCCGUGGACUGGUUCCUGGACCGUCUCCGGACCACCACCAACGUGCUGGGAGACUCCCUGGGGGCCGGCAUCGUGGAGUACUUGUCACGACACGAACUCAAGAGUCACGACGUGGAGCUGGGCAACUCGGUGAUCGAGGAGAAUGAGAUGAAGAAGUCGUACCAGCUGGUCGCUCAGGACAGCGAGCCCGAGAAGCCCGGCCACGGCCACGGCGAGACCAAGAUGUGAGCGCGGCCGGAGCGCGGCCCAGAACACGGUGUCUGAGACAGUACGACCCUCCCAGCCCCGUCUGCACCUCUCUGUCAGCCCCACCCCCCUCCUCACUCUGACAGGACUGGCAGCGUUCACCCACGUGUGAGGGAGGGUGCGCUGGUGGCCCAAACGCCUCGCUCUCAUCCCGCAUUGGAAACGUUUCAGUCACCGGAGCUUAGUCCUCUCCAACAAGGUACUGACACCAAGAGCAGUCUUCCUCGGAACUUAAGACUUUCUAUGGUAGACAUCCUACAAAUGUGAUUGUUUCCUCUAGAAGGUGAAGGAUCAAAUAGUAGGCAAAAGGGGUUGUUUUUAAAACAACUUUCAAAAUUUUAAAGUUCUUCAGAAUGCAGUUCAGCCUUGGGAUCAAAAUAGAGACGACCUGACAAACUCCAGCCUGGGAGCAGUGCAGCCAGGAGGGCCUGUCCUCUUCCUGCUGAGCUGCGUCCUCGUCCGGCGCACCUGUGGGCACAGCAAGGGAAGCUCCUGUGUGCCCACGGCAGCCAUGCCUCCUCUCUGGGCCUCGAGUCCUCCCUUAGAAAGGAAUAAUGUCCCCAGGUGCCUCCGUGGGCCCUCCCGUCCUGGAUCUCGAGGGGGCCUGGAGCGAGCACCACUGCCCGGGCCAGCUGUGGGGUCACCAGGUCCUGAGGCGAAAUGUCAGUCAUGCUGCGCACCAGGCAGGAGGCUUUCUGAGGCACGGGUGAGGGUGCGGGUACACACAGCCCUCUGCUUAGUGCCUCCCGGGAGGGAAGGACUCCCUUCUCACCUGCUCGCCCCACCUGGAGGGCUCACUCCGCCCUCCACAGCUGUGAAGGAAGAGGUGUCCUGUGGCCUCACCUGAACGGUCAGAGUCACCUGGGGGAGAGGGAGCACGGUCACCACGGUGUGAGGAGAGGCUCUGAAGCAGCAGCAGCCCACGUCCUCUCUGAGGAAGGCUCUCUCAAAGAGAAGUCCACUGGUUCAAGCCCGACAUGCCUUUUCCUUCCAGUUCAAAAUCAUUCCCUAAGGAAGCCCGCAAGUGAAGCUAUAAAGCCACUCCUUGAUAUAUUUUAAAGAAUUCAGUCAAUGAGCUCUCUCUCAUAGAAGUCUGUGGGCUGGGUGUGCAGCCUUUUGUUUGAAAAGGUUUUGCCCUGUAUAAUCAAAAGCUUGUAAAAUGAAAGAAACACAUUCUUCCUUUUUUUUUUUUUAGUCCCUUUUGCCAAAACCUUUCCCUAGAGUGGGGUUUUAUUAUGUCCUGACAGAAAUGGUAGAAAAUGAAUCAAUGUGAAGGACCUGUCAGCAUGAUUCUGAGCUAAGAAGGCCAGGGGAGACGGGGGCGUUAGUUUCAGCAAAGCAGGUCCUAGGUUUGGAGACAAAUCAUUCACCCUCUGAGGAAUAUGGAGACCACAAUAGGGAGUGGGAGCUGUCAGGUGACACCAGCUAUGUUUAGUGUUCUGACUGAAGCAUGAAGACUGGAAUUCUAGACAUACAGCCUCCAGACACAGUGAAUUUCUCAGCAUAGAGACAUUGUGUGUGUACAAAAGUUAACUUUAGACCGCGGUGCAAUAACCAUUUAACUGUGAGACACUGCUUGGAAAUCACACUACAAAGGUUCAUUAAAGUCUGUGGUUGUCAUCUGGGGACACCAGUAGAGCAAGGAUUAAUCGUGUCAAAUUAACCUCGUUACGUGGUGUGGUCUAUUUUUACACUAACGGUUUCUUCCUGAAAGCAAGUCCUGGAGGCGACCCUCUCCCCGGUCUCUCACAGGCUCUGCAUGUGCUGCACCCAGUGUGGACAGAGAAGCAUUACUCUGUAGAUGCAUUUUCAAUAAAGAAAGAAAAUAGUUUUGCAUUAUA